AUGUCUGGAGCUAAUGUUAAUUACGGCGUCAAAUACAAAGUCUCAAACUCCCUGCGCUACAACGAGGGUGACCCGCGUAAAGGGACACUGGUUUACGCAAUGGCAGUUUUCUCCUGUGUAUUGAAGCGAGCCCGUCACUGCCCUUCUUUCUUUCGUAUUGAAGUCAGAAAGGGCAGUCUGCACGUUGUGGAAAGGGAAAUGGAGCAUAACCACGGCAAAAUCGCUGGCGAUCCCGAACCAGUGGUGGACCUGACGAAGCAGUUCGAAGCCUACUUUGGAAAUGUCAAACUCAAGUCCUUCUCAGAGGUCAUGACGAAGGUCAAGGCGUUCGAAGAAGCCACCGGCAGCGAGUUCCGAGUCGGUCGAUCCGACCUCUUCAAAGAGGGCGAAAAAGAACGCGAAGUGUACCGCUACCGACGCAUCACCUACGAGUGUGUGCACUACGGCAUGCGAAAGAGUUUUGCCAAAUUCAGCUCAGAGACGAGGUCCUCUCGCCUCGGUUGCAUGGCCAAAUUCGACGUUCGCUACGCGCCAGACGGCUUCAAGAUAAGCGCUGUCGUGAUGAAGCACAACCAUGACGUCUCAACGGCACUGGCACGAUUCUACCGACGGAAAACGACCCAAUACCACCACAGACGGUGUCUGGACGCCUCCAAGGAGCUCAGUGAACAGGAGAGCAGCGCCGACCGCCUACACGAAUCGGGUGAUUCCAAUUUUGAUAAACCCACCGAUGGCCAAAGCGUGUCUCAGAGCGACAAUGGCGAACCAAAUGAGAACUGUGAGCCCACAAUCCGAACAGAAAGCGAGCAACCACAGGCCAAAGAAACCCACCUCAGCAACGAGGGCCCCCAACUCACAGUGUCUACUCCGAACAACCCGCCCAACUACACACCCCCACCCACGACUCCUCGCGGCCGCAGGAAAACCAAUCAGAGCGCCCCAAAAGAGGCCUUAAAAACUCCUGUUGCUCCACAGCCCUAUUGGGUCAUCAACCCGGCCAGUAAGGCUCCGAAAUGCUGUUCCAACUCCCUGCUCACGAGUAGCCUGCCUCCAGGAUUGUCCGCGGCACCAGGAGACGGUGUGCGAGAUCUGACGCCGUCGGAACGUCGACUCCUACUCUCGGGAAAGAUGCAGCGCGUCUUGGACAAGGCCUGUCACGGUGGCACCGAGCGCUACAACGAGUGCUGCCGGCUCCUCGACAAUCUGGAAAGGCUCUGGGCCAAGGAGGACUCUAUGGUUUGA